AUGGCUUCAGACGAUAGCACAAGCAAUCAAGACAACGAUAAUGACCAAGUGGAAAUGGACUGGAAGAUUGGAAAACAGCAGCAGUAUCCGCCGCCGGCAGACAUACCAGAAUAUGUGAAAAAAGCCCUUCCUCCGCGGCCAAAUCCUGGUUCUUCGUCUAUUUAUUCUUUACCAAUCGAGAGUGCUCAACAGGAAUACAUUCCAAAUAAUCAACAUGAACAAAAUCGUCCCCAUGUCAAUUCAAGUGCUCCCAAUGAAGUCGGAACGACCGUGGUGCAGCCACUUCAGCUAAUGGCAUCCUCCUCAUCAUGUUCAGAGAAAGAACCCGAAAUAGUAGCGCCGCAACCAAGAUAUCCAGCCCAUAUGAUUCUGGAGACGAGCGAAGCCGAUGAUAUUGUUAUCAGCCCCGUCUCAGUGCCUUUAUCUGGGAUCAAGAACCUCCAGCAGUACGAGGUCUCGCCGAUCUCACCUAACGAGUCUACAUGUAGCCUACACUCAGGAGUUUCUUCAAGUGCGAGUCAUAACUCCUCCUCAGGAGAGGAGAUAUAUAUUAGUCGACAGCCAUUCUUAUAUGAGAAGCAUCCUAUUGUAUAUCCAUCGGCAGAUCUACUUCCUACGUUGGAUAUAAAUAUUUUGAACCCAAAGCACCCGUUCCAAUACCAGCAGAUCAACCUCCGGUAUAGUGACCCGGGUAGCCCUAUAAGUGGCACUGUAAUACAUCCUCCAACCUCAUUCCCGUCCGAUCCUAACCUUAGGCUUUCACGCCACCUCGAUGAUGAAAAUCAGGGGUACCCACCGACCAUCAAUACUGAGCCACUAUCACCGGCCGACUUGGAGAAUAACCUUAACAGCCAGUCGCAAACUCCCACCGGGACAACAAUCAGCCCCAAAGUCGCGUUCUCCAAGACCAUAAACGGAUUCUCGACACGGUCGCGGGCCAACAGCAAGAGGGCGGCCCACGCACCGCCACCCUUGAAACUAAGCGAACGUCCGCUGGUAGACAGCUACAUCAAGACGCCGUUCCCAGGGGCAGAGCCCGUGCAGCGACAAGAUAGCUCGGGGUCUACGCGCCAGAGGCAGAAUCCAGCGGAGCAGAAAGCCAAAGAAGAAGAACAGAACAGCAUCUCUCGGAAACGGAACCGGGUGUCUACUCUUCCCGCGUUCGUGUUCGCGAAGUCGUUGAGACAGAGCGGUGGCGAGACGCGGGGGAAGGAGAAGGAGAAGGAGAAGGAGAAGGAGAAGGAGAAGGAGAAGGAGAAGGAGAAGACUUCGUCGGGCCCGACGGUGAAGAGUCUCUUGUCGAGGGCGAAGUCGUUUAGGAUAGACCCAGCAGCCAAGGAUACGCCUCUCUACAUGGAGGUGGUGAUGAACCUAGCCCGAGAAAUGGCGAUGGAGGGUCCAGGUGUCUUUACUUACUCGAGAUUCUGUGAGCGCCUUUCGAAGAUUAAAUGGGUAAAAGGUCAAGAGGCACCCUUAAAACUGCGCCUACAACUUCUGGACACCUUUAUAGCUCCGCCAUCAACAACAACUACCAAGAGGCCAGCCCGAGCCCAGGAGGAUAUCUGGGCUUUCGAACCGGGCUCAUUAACCAUCGUCGAUCUUAGCGAUCCUUUUCUUAGUUCUGACGACGCGUGCUCGCUAUUUACCAUUUGCCUCUCGAUCUUCCUUGAAGAGAGAAAUAAAUGCGGACGUAUCGUGGCGCUAGAUGAAGCACAUAAGUUCCUCAGUCAGGCUGGUGAGGCGAAGAUUCUGACUGGCGACUUGCUUUCUAUAAUCCGACAACAGAGACAUACCGGCACACGAGUGUUAGUAGCAACACAGGAACCCACGCUCUCUCCAGAGCUAAUAGAUUUAUCGAACGUAACCUUUGUCCAUCGAUUUCUCUCGCCGAGCUGGUACGAAACGCUUAAAAAACAUCUUGCCGGUGCGAAGGAGCAAAACCCGGGCGAUGCAAGCGUACUUUUCGACAAAAUCAUCUCCUUGCAAACGGGAGAAGCAUUACUUUUCUGCCCAACAGCGCAGAUAGAUAUUUCCAAGAACACCAACAGGAGCAAGCAAGUAAAGAACCUUGGAAAUGGCUAUGUUAAGAUCAAAAUUCGUAAGCGCUUGACUGUGGACGGUGGCAAAAGCAUUAUGGCUACCGAUGCUCUAGCUGAAGCACUUGAACGUACUAAAAUCGACAAUAUUUUGAUGGGAGAUACCGUUCCGAAAUUGCAAACCGAUAAAAACGGCUCCGCGAAAGCUGUCGAGAUCUUAGGUUCAGGCGUGGAGCCGAAUAACACAAACGAAAGCGUACCUGACGACGCCCUCAAGACACCAUCUAUGACGGCGGAGCCGGCUGCGAAUACUGGUACGACUAUAACCAAGGCGCCGUCAGGAGGCCAAAUGAAGAAGGAACUAAAGCGUCAAGCUCAAGAGAUGUUCAAGGAUGGUUCUUGGACUUCAUUCAAGGAUUUAACUAAGAGCCAGAGGACUCAGCUUUUCUCUAGCGUCGACGCUACUUUCCAACUUCCGCCCGGCACAUCUAUAAAGAAUAAAAGUUUAAAGACCUUCUUCUAUAUCGCAUUAGACGAAAUCAUGGCCAAGUUAAAAGAAUCCGAGGAUAAGAAGUGA